AUGAUGAUAAAUACAAAUGGUAAUAAUUAUCCAGGUUGGACAUAUACUAAUAAUUAUUUUUUCUAUUAAGUAUCAGUGAGUAAUUCUGACUACAAUAUUCAAAUUAAAAAUAUUCUAGUAUACAUCUAGUAUUAAAAUGAUAACAAUGACUAUUUUAGCAUUUAAGAAUUUAAUAUUUAUUAUAAAAAAUUAGAAGCUUAUUGGAUAGAUCAACUUCAAGGUUGUUUUACAAUUUUAUUUAAUAAAUGUGUAUAAUGCCAAGAAGGCUGGUAUUUCAGAAAUGAUGAAUAAAUAUGUGUUCCUUAAUGCGGUGAUUUAAUAAUAUAAGGUUAGGAAGAUUGCGAUGACGGAAAUACUGAAGCAUAUGAUGGUUGUUUUAAUUGUAAAUUCUCAUGUGCUAAAAAUUGUAAAUAUUGUGUUUUUGGAGAGUGCUUACUUAUGGAAAAAUAAAAAUAGGGAAUAGUUACAAUAGAAAAGGAUUGCUAGAGAAUUGGUUACAUUUCAAGAAUAGGAUAUUAUUAUGAUAUAUAAAUGGAUGAUUGUCAACCUAUAUGUGGAGAUGGAAUAGUAAGCAUGCAUGAGGAUUGCGAUGAUUAAAAUGAUACUCCUUAUGAUGGCUGUUUUAAUUGUCGGUUUUCUUGUCCUACCAAUUGUCUUUUUUGUUAAUAUGGUAGAUGCCUAUAUUGUACAGUUGGAUAUGAUUUGCAAAGAGGUAGAUGCUAACCUGUUUGUGGAGAUUCUAAUGUGUUAGAAUAAGAAACUUGCGACGAUGGUAACGAUCUUCAAUUCGAUGGGUGCCAUAACUGUGAGAGUAGUUGUUAAUUAGAAUGUACAAUGUGUUAAAAUACAUAAUGUUAUUAAUGUCUAGAUGGUUGGACUCUAGAGGAGGGGAAGUGUUAAUAAGUGUGUGGAGAUUCAAAAGUGGCAGUGGCAUCAUACGAAUUAUGUGAUGAUCCAGCUGAUGUUAAUUGUAUUUAGUGCCUUUACUAAUGCUCAGAAAAUUGUUAGAAAUGCGAUGUACCACUUUCAUGCAACCUUUGUGAGGACACUUAUACAUUGAUAAAAGGCUAAUGCAAAUCAGUUUGUGGAGAUAAGAUGAUAAACCCUCUUUAUGAGGAAUGCGAUGAUGGUAAUGAUAUUCCAUUUGAUGGCUGUCAUUAUUGUUCGUUAUCAUGUUCUUUCGGUUGCAUAACAUGUGAAGAGAACAAUGUUUGUAAACAAUGCGAUCCAACAAGUUACUUUUUAAAUUCCACGACUGCCUUAUGUCAAGAGAUUCCCUAACAAAUUAUUGAAGGAGAAGAGGAAGAGGAAGGUUAAGACGAAGUACAGACAGAAGAGAUAUUAUGUAAUGACAAUUUUAUACUAAUUAAUGGAAAAUGUGAAAGUUUGUGUGGUAAUGGAAUGCUUGCUAGCUUAUACGAGGAAUGCGAUGACAAUAACAAGAAUAGUGGAGAUGGUUGCUCAUCUUAUUGUAAAUUGGAGGAUUCUUUUAUUUGUUUAAAUACAGAAGAUUCAUUCAGUAUAUGCUCAUUCAUCAUCCUUCCAGAUUUCAACCUUCGAUCUUUGAGUGAUGCUAAAGAUUAAACACAAAUCAUUGAGUUAACCUUCACUGAAAAAGUCAAAAUGUUCUAAGAUACUGUUCUUGAAGACAUAAGCAAAUUUACUAUUACACCUUAAACUGAAUAUGAAAUGAAAAUUGUCCCUAUAACUAAUUUAACCACAAUGAUAAGCAAUCCUAAAUAUUAAUUUAAAAUUCUGUUUUAACAACCUAUCUAGAACCCUAUGCUUCAGAUUAGUUUUGCUAAACAAUAAAUUUUUAAUGCUAAUGAAAUGGAAUUAAAAAAAUUGGAAAAAUUAAUUAGUUUAGGGAGUCCUUUUGUGAUGUCCAAAGAAAGCAAAGAAUAUGUCACUUCUAUUGUUAAAAUGAAUGAUGCUAUGAUGUAUACUACGAUAGCUAUAUCUGGCUUUGCUCUAUUAACAGGAACUCCAGCCAUGUUAUUCAAUCUAAUAGAUUUACUAUAACAGCUUUCUUAUAUUCGAUUUAUGCAAUAUAAAUUUCCAUCUCAUCUGCGCUAGUUUCUUGAGAGUUAUACCAAGAUUUCCUUAAAACCUGUAUUAGAUUACCUUAAUUUAGAUUAAAUAUUGACAAAUCUAAAUGGUGGCUAAUUACCCUUCCAACCUAGAAAAAACUAACCCUCCAGUUAAGCAGACCCUUUAAAUCAGUUUUAUAUUAUGAAUGCUAAAAGUUGUUACUUUUCACUGGUUGCUUCUUUUUUGUCUUAUGUAGUAUGCCUCAUAUUCUCUAAAACAAGUGCCUUAAACUAUUUCAAUAAAAUUAUCAUUCAAAAAGGGAUGAAAUUAAGGAAUUUAACUAAGGUCUUUUAACUGUACCAUAACUUAUAAGUAGCAUGCAUAAAAUACAGAAAUUAAUACUUUUACUCUGGAUUGUUUCAAGUCUACUACACAAUUAUGCAUCAAUUUUUAUUUAGUGCAUUCCUCCAAUUUCCUAAUUAUACAUUUACAUCAUUAUUUGAGGCUGUUAAUUCAUUAAAUGCAAUAUUAGCGUUAGGUUUCAUUUUAUUUGUAGAAUUCUAAUAAUUUAUAAUUACUACAGGAUCUAUAAAGAAUAUAAAUGAUUGGAAAUUCUUUUUUGAUGGGAUAAACAAAAAAUUUUGGUCUUAAAUUUUAAAGCCUAUUUAAAUGUUAAAGAUAACAACUUAUAUUUUUUCAAUUGUAUUUUUAAUGGAUUAUCCUGAAGCAUAAUCAUUUGUUUUAUCAGCCCAAUCUAGUUUUUAUGUGGUGUAUUUGAUAUUAUUCAAGCCAAUGGAUAUUGGUUUUGAGUAUAUAAAAUUAGUCUCACGAGAAGUCCUUUUCAUUUCUACAAUUUGUUCUUUCUAUGUUUAUAGCUAUGAUUUAGAUGACGAAAAAAUGUUAUUACUUGGUUGGGCACAUAUAGCACUGUUCACUUCUAUAUUAGGCUCUAAUUUACUCCUUGAUAUUGGUAAAUACGUUAAACUAGGAUAUGACAACAUCCAGAUAAAAAAGCUAAAAAUCGAGAGACGAUUGAAUUACCAAUAUCAGAAUAAUUAUCUGCACUAAUUCAUAAUGGUAGAAUAUGGAUAACGAGCUAGAUUAAGAUAAUGA